UUCGCCCGCCCGUCCUUCGAUCCCACAACAUUAACAGAAAUCCCAGACGCACCGUGGACGAUCUCCCGCGCUAAAAUGGCAGAGUGAAGGCGUGCGGCUAUCCUUGCAGCGGCAAAAACCCGGCAGUGCAGCGGCUAAGUGCACUGGCUAUUUCUGGCAAAAUGGCGUCUCUCUCAGCAACCACCCUCAGCUUUGCUGCAGUCGACAGCAGUACCGAACCGCUCGACUUCCUAUCGUCAGCAGACACUCCUCUGUCUUUAUUCACCCUUUUACGACUACCACUGACCAGCAGCAGCCAUGACACUCCAGCUGGCCUUGGAGGACGUGGAGGCCCUGUACUUAGGGCACUCGUUUCUGACGGCUGACCCCAUGGGGCCCCUUCUGGACCAAGAUGAAGAAGAAGCUCUUUCUCCCUCCUCCUCUCUAGAGGGGAAGGCACCAGCUUCGCCCCCCCUCUCUUUCUCCUCCUAUGCGUCUUCCCUGUCUCCCUACCAGACCUUGUCGUCCUCCCCACACUCCUCUGCCUCCCCACCUCCCUCUCCUCCCACGUCCUCAUUCCUGGGAACCAAGGCCAGAGCGGACUCCCUGUCCCUCACCUGGCUGGGUGCCAGCGACCUGCUCGACGCCCAAGUUGGAGCAGACGAUGGUAAAGCAGAUGAUGAGUUUGCGGGCAUGGACUGGGUGACAGAAAAAAUUGAUCUGAGUGAAUUUGACCUGGAUUCCCUCAUUGGGUCCUGCUCCUCUGAUGAGUCUCCCAGCUCCCCUGAGGAUAUCCUGGCCUCCCUAGAGUCCCACAUGAAUCUGGAGCUGGGCCUGUCCCUGCCCAGUAUCCCCGCUCUGCCCCUGGAGCUCCCUCUCCCUGUGGCAGCUGAGGCCAAGAAGAUGGAGUUGGGUCCACAUCAGGAGGUUGUUAUGAAGUCUGAGCCUCCUUCCCCAGUUCCCUUGCCAACUCCCCCCUCUCCAGCCUACACAUUAGAGCUGGGGAGUGAAGUCGAUGUCCUGGAUGUGGAGAAAACAGCCACACCCCUCACAGCCACCAUUAUUCCAGAUCCCAGUGGAAGCAUUCAGACCACCAGCCCCAUUGUGCUCUCUCUUCCCCCCUCUGGCCACAUUGUGGUGGUGCUCACCAACAAAGACGAGCCCUCCCUGAUGUCUCUCCCCGACCAGUCCAGUCAAAUUUCCUCAUCAAGCGAUUGCGACAGCGACUCCGGCAUUGAGUCAGUUGUAAGCUCACCUACUCGACAUCCCUCCCCUCCUCCUACCCCCUCUUUAACAGCUGGAUCCUCCAGGACCAAACCCUACUCCAAACCAGAGCCUGCCGAUUCUUCCUCCCCCUCUGCCAAGACCAAGGUCAAAUCGGUGUCUGGUGCUCCAAAGGUGGUGGAGAAGAAAAUAAAGAAGAUGGAGCAGAACAAGACAGCAGCCACUCGCUACAGACAGAAGAAGAGGGUCGAACAGGAGUUGCUUUCUACAGAGCUCGAAGGGUUACAGAAGAGGAACCAUGAGUUGACGGAGAAGGCGGAAUCCAUCAGCCGAGAGAUUCAGUACCUGAAGGACCUGAUGGAGGAAGUCCGUAAGCACCGCCGUGGAAAGACGAGCUCAGUGGCAUAGUAACCAGAUUGUGUGCAAAGCAUAGUCUGCUGUUGCAGAGUAGUGACUGCGGUGUUUCUACUCCAUUACUCGCAUGCCAUAGCAAAGUCCACUUCAGGAUUAGAAGAACGGCAUGCAAGGGUGGAUGUAUGAAACUCGCUACUGACCAGGAAAGAGGGAAUGGCUGGAUGGACGGUGAAAAGCCUCUGAAAGUUGAUGAGAUUAGUGUAGAGCAGGGGGCUGGGAGGUAGUCAGGUGAAGCAUCUGUACAUGCUUGUCUCCCAGUCCCCUGUUAGUUCCCCAUAAUGUACUUCCUGUCUUAAUAGCAGUACUUGUACAAACUGGCAGGCUGUAUAUUUGUCGUUGUAGACUAGGCAUGCGAAUCAUGACUCACCGUAGCUCCCGAUAGUGUAGUGUAUUUGUGACCCUUUUGACAAGAUAUUCCCUCACAGUAUCAGUCGAUAUCCAAACCUAAGCACAGCUUCAGUAAACUCUUGUGUCAUUAAAGUGAGAUACCACGUCUACCUUGUUGUUACCCACUCCUCUUUAACCCAGUGUCACCCCAUGACCUUCUUCUUAACAGCUUCAAGUCCAGAAAGGGGCCUCAACAUAUUAAUGAAAUCUUGAUGUUACACUGUCACCAUGUUUUCUUUUUUGUUUUGUGUAUAUAGUUUUCACCUCCUUUUUCUUGCUGAUCGUGGCUUUUUGUUAUUUAAUGCUGCAUUAAACAUGAUAACGUCUGGAGUAGUGUGGAGUGUCUUAACACAACUCUUUUGGCUUGUAAAAAAGCUCAUCUUUUUCUAAUAAACAUCUAUCAGUGCUCAAGUGAA